AGAUAAUACCAUCUUUCCUUCACCAUGUUUUCUGCUAGGAGCGCCUUGAAGACCGUAUCCGGUAACCGCAUCCGGCUUUUCUCAACAACCCGCGCCCUCCGAUCAGAACUAUCCUACCAAGUAUGGGGACCUGAGGGUGACCAGGUUUCGCGAAACCCAAUUAUCUUUCUACAUGGGCUAUUUGGAUCCAAGUCCAACAACAGGAGCAUCAGCAGAGUUUUAGCACGUGAUUUGAAAUGCCAGAUCUACACGUUGGACCUCCGAAACCAUGGUCAUUCAUUCCAUGCUCCCGAACAUAACUAUACCGUGAUGGCCAAUGAUGUGCAGAAAUUCAUCCAUGACAAGAAGCUAGGAAAGUGUGUCUUAAUGGGACAUUCAAUGGGUGCCAAAACAGCUAUGGUGGUAGCUCUCCAGUCGCCGGAUUUGGUUUCUGCGCUUAUUCCUAUUGACAAUGCUCCUGUCAACGCUCCGUUGAGGAGUGAUUUCCAGAAAUAUGUUCGGGGCAUGGAAGAUGUCGACAGGCAGAAGGUGACCAAGUCUUCCGAUGCAGAUAAGAUUCUCAGCAACUACGAAGAAUCACUGCCGAUACGACAGUUCCUUCUAACGAACAUGAUCCGCUCCCCAGAAUCUCAUACACUGACAUGGCGAAUCCCUCUGUCCAUUUUGAGCCGUUCCCUCGAUGCCAUGGCUGAUUUCCCCUGGCAUGACCCAGGUGAAGUGACAUACCUAGGCCCUACCCUGUUUAUUCGCGGCACAAAUAGUAAAUAUGUCAGUGAUGACACGAUUCCUGCAAUCAAGAAGUUCUUUCCCAACUCGAAGAUUGCCGAUAUCAAGUCGGGCCAUUGGGUGACUUCGGAGAAUCCAGAGGCUUUCCGGCAAGCGGUUGUUGGCUUCUUGAAAGAGGUUUCCUGAUCCUAUACUAUACGCCAGCCUUAUAGAAAGUCGUACAAUACUACAAUAGAAAUAGAAACUAGAAUAGGAACCACUGGUUUACAAAUAAAAUAUGAAGAUCUAG